AUGCACCUUCUCGUCGUUGCUCCUCAAUCACGCCAUCACCACCAGCCGUCGUCUCGGAUUCCUCACUCAUCGUGGUGGAGGAUCUUGGUUGAACAGGGUGGCGAGCGGCCAAGGCUCACCAACCCUUCGGGAACGCGUUGGAGAAGCGGUCGUCGAGAGGCCGGCGGCGCGACCAGCGGGGGUUCCGGUAGCAGCAGCUGGAGAUCCACCAACACCGCGGCGGCAGACCGGCAGCACCUUGAUCCCCCUCCUGCGGAGGCCGUGGGCGCGCACUCGUCAAGAACAGGGGCGGAGCAGCAGCCGCAUCAAUUUUACUACCCGGCUACAGCAGGGGUCAGCGGCGGUGGCCAUCACCUUCCCGCGACGGCGGCACGGCCGUUAGCAACGAACGCCGCCUGGGUGGUGAAACCCGCGUCCUACUCGCUGCCGCCGCCGAACGCGACGGCAUUGGCGGUAACGGCGGCCGCCCCAGCGCACGCCCCUCCCCCCUCGUCGACCGAGCUCCACCUGGCUGAGGGCCGGCAGCUUUCCCUUGCCCCUGGUCAGCAGCCGCCGUCGCAGCAGCCUCAGGCGGGGGGCCGUCGGAGACAAGGACGAGGCGGAUACGGAGGACCACUACCACCACCACCACCAGCAACGCAGCAGUUCGAAACUUACCGCCAACAGCAACAACAACCACAGCAGCAACAACAACAGUCAAGCGGCGGCGGCGGCGGCGGCGGCAACGGGAGGGGUAGCGCAAGCGCCGGCACGAUCGCGACCCUGAUCCUCGCUUCCCUGCUAACGUACGCCCUCUACAACGCCUCAGUGGAGGCUCUGGCGGGACAGCGGACGAGACUGUCAGUCCCCCGUCGCCACCCCUCCAGCGCUUCGGCGAGAGGAGGGAGCUUGAUCGGAACGUCCGGACGCGACGUCCCCGCCGAGAUAGGCACCACGGGCGGCGCCGCUGGCGCCGCCGCCGCCGACAACACCGCCCUGCUCGAAGACGAAGACGACCAUCUUUCAGACGGCGGCAUUGGCUCCAAGGUCGAGUACUACGAGCGCGUGCCCCCGGCGGUGUCGUGGGGGGGCGGCGCCAAUGGAGGGGAGGGGGGCGACGGAGGAGCCGCGGUGGCCGGGUGGGGUAAGGGAGUCUCUGUGGUGACCGUGAGCGCGUGGCAAACCCUGGCGGCUCUCGGGGUUGGGUUUUUGAUGUCCAGGUUCUGGAGGCGUUUUAGGAGGCCGGAAGUCAGAGCGCUGAGCGACGCGGAGCGGACGCGGCGGAAUAAGUUCCUGUUGGUGUUCGCGGCGGCGCAUCUGGCGGGGACCGGGCUGGAGUACCACGGCUACGGUGUCAUCGGUGCGGCCGCGGCGGAAGUUCUGCGCUCCACGGAAGCGGCGUUUUUCUGCCUCUUGAGCCUGAACGUGGGCAUGCAGCGGCCGGGAUUGGCAUCGGUGCCCACCCUGCUGCUAGCCCUUGGCCUCGCGCUAGCGGCCACCCCGACAGCGGGGGACCUUAGGGCCGGGUGGGGGGGGCUCCGCGCGAGCCUGGCGGCCAACAUGCUUCUCGCCGUUCGCGCCAUCGCGGCUAAGAUGGCGCUCGAUGACUACGGCCUAGAUGAGAUAUCGGCGCUCUUUUCCGGUGCUAAGAUGACCGCGGGUCUCCAGUGCUUAAUUUUGUUAGUAGUGGAAGUGCCUCGUGCCGCCGCCGGCCUUUCUCCUCGCCUGCUGCCUCACCUUUGGGGGGUGGGAGUCAUGGAGAUAGACCAGCAGCAGCCUGGGGGGCCCGUCGUGUCCGGCGAGGGGGCCGGGAUAGGGGUCGGGGAAGCGGGCGACUGGGGGGAGGGGAGGGAGAGGGCGAGGCUGGCGUGCCUGCUGCUGGCGAACGGGGUGUUCCUGUACGGGCACCUGCUGGUGCUGUUCGCUCUGCUGUCGAGGCUCUCGGCCACCAUGUUCGCGAUCUCUAGAGGCUCCGCCGCUGGCCCUCGCAUCGUGGGGAUGUCUCUCGCCACGCUCGCCGUCUCAGCUCAUUUCUACCGGGCCUACGUCCGGGGAAGGGCGACGUCCUCCCUCCUGAACUCGGGGGACAACGCCGAAGGCCUCCCGUGCGAUGCCGACGACGGUGGCGAGGCCGGGGGCGACGCAACCGCCGCCGCCGCCGGGGGGCAGGAAGCCAUCUCCUUCGUGCCCCCGUCCCCUCCCCCCCACCGCCGCAGGCUCCCCCGGCUCCUUCGCCGCGACAACGACGCGUCACCGGCAGCGGCGGCUCCGCUUUCUUCUUCCUCCUGCUCCUCCUCGUACUCGGGCCCGGCGGGCGGCGACGGCGGUAGGGCGGAGGAUUAUUCGGCGUCGCCCCCCAGCCGUCGCCCCGCGGUUGGGAUGACUGCGGCCGGAGGAGGAGGAGGAGGAGGAGGAGGAGGAGCUACAGCGCUGCCUUUGCUGCCCGCCGGGCUGGUGCGCCGCCUACAACCGCACCGCCGGCGGGGUAUCCGGCGGCGACGGCGGCGGCCGCUGGGGGCGGACGGCGGGGAGAGGAGCCCUCCGAAGGUGUAUCUCCUCCAGCCGGCCGCCGCGGGAGCGGACACGGCUUGGGGAGGACGGCGGCCUGCGUGCCUCGCCCCUUCCGCCGCCUCGGCGGCGACUCCGUCGUCGACCCCCCCGAGGAGGAAGGGGUUGUCGCCGCAGGAUUCCGCGGGGCCACCAUGGGCGGAGGUAGUCGUGCUGUCCGGACGAGGGACGGAGGAGAAGGCGGGGCCGGUGGUCGGGAGGUGUCGGGUAGUACGGGGGCGACGCUGUCGUCGCCGUCGACGUCCUCGUCGUCGUUCUCGCUGAACGGCUUCGAGGUGAUCGACAAGGAGGAGGACAUGUGGACCUGAUCGGUCUCGAUGGAGUCAUGAUGCGGUCUCGAGAGAUUGAAUCCCGAAGCUCUCCAUACAGGACUCAAAUGUUGCCUCGCGUACAGCGUUAUGUUAUGCCCGAGUACAGCGUUUUGUUAGGUAUAUGGAAGGUGGAGCUGAUAUCGAUCGGUUGAUUGAUUCUUGGGGCUCUCGGUGCGGUAGUGUAUAGCUUCCGAUUAGGAUUAGGUAUGAAUCACUGUCGUGACAGUCGUUCGAGGGUGAGUUGAGGGGAUAGUGUCAGUGGAUCGGCAACUGGCUGCCUAUCAGAUUGUCAUGACCAGAUCGAGCUCUGUACGUUAUGUUUGAGCGGGUUUGAGCCAAAUUUUGUUUGCGCUGCACAGUCGAGGCCGAUAAAAUUUCAAUAUUUUUUCUAUAUGUAUUUUUGCUUGUGACGGAGGAGACGCGGUGUCGAUGACUCGAAUUGUGGAGUUGUUCGAAUGUACACGUGUAUUGUCGGAAUUGGUGCGUGUAUUUGUCGUUUUCUCGAUUGUAUCG